UUUUUUGCGAAAAAAAAGGAAUUUGUAAGUAUUAUAUAAAAAAAUUAUUUUUUUUUUUCGCAAUAAUGGUUGGUGUAUGUUUUUUACGCACUUCUACUUUUUUUAAUGCUAUACGAACUGUACAAACUACUUCUCUUAGAACUCUGUCAACAAUGGCAAAUCCAAAAGUUUACUUUCAGGUUUAUAAGGGGGAUAUAAAUAAUUCGAAAGAUGGGGUGUGGAUGGGUAAAAUCACAUUUGAACUUAGGAAGGAUGUUGUUCCAAAAACAGCGGAAAAUUUUUAUUCCUUGUGUACUCACGCAAAGGGAUAUGGUUUCAACGGAUGCAAAUUCCAUCGAGUUAUACCUCAAUUUAUGAUUCAAGGGGGUGAUUUUACUAAAGGAAAUGGUACUGGCGGAAAGUCAAUCUAUGGUGAAAAAUUUGCCGAUGAAAACUUUACUUUGAAGCACACUGGACCAGGUAUCCUUUCCAUGGCUAACGCUGGUCCUAAUACCAAUGGAUCUCAAUUCUUUAUUUGUACUGUUAAGACUCCCUGGCUAGAUGGCAAACAUGUAGUCUUUGGGCACGUUAUAGACGGUAUGGAUGUAGUCCAAGAAAUAGAGAAAUUGGGUUCAUCCAGUGGAAAAACUUCCACAGAUAUUUGGAUUGGACAAUGUGGUGAUCCUGAUAAUGAAUCUUAAGGGAUAGAGAAACACGGUUCAUCCAGUGGAAAAACUUUCAACAAAAGUUAGAUUGCAAGUUGUGGUAAUACUUGACAUAUAAAUUACUUUUAACGAGCUGUAUAGUUUUAGCAAGAUAUUCUAACAAUUUGAGUUCACUAUAAUAUAAAUAAAUCUCUCUAUUAUUAUUAUUAUAUUAUUAAUGAGUAACUUGAAGUUUUGUCAGCAAACUUUAUUUCCUAAGUUCGUUCCAUUGAGCGGUCAGU